GCGUUGUCGGUCACAGCCAGGUCACUAUAUGAGCCUGCUGGGCUCCCACACUUCCUCAUUCAGAAAAACACUGCUGAGAAGUCAGACCUGCAACUCUGCGGACUGCAGAAUGAUAACACCGGAGUAAUUGAUUUUUCGUUUUGACAAAGAAAAAUUGUUGCCUGCUGCUACACAGACAGUCUGUGCCCCCAAAACUGUUUGUAAGAGUCUAUUGGUGUAAAAUACAGGGGUUCAAUGGAGACCAGAGCCGCUGUAAAGGAGAAGUUCUUCAUCGUGACACGAGGAAAGGCGAGGAAGGGCUUCUCCAGAGGAUGUAUUGGCCGUGUUGAGGCAGAGACGCAGCAAGGGGAACUGAUGGGACUGGUGUACAGCAGCGGCAGCAAUGCGGGCAGUCCCAAGAGCGGGGGCAUGGUGAGGAGGGAGGACACGUACCCCCUGACCCGCCACCAGGCCCAGCUGCUUCUGUUUGUGUCACCGUCGAGCAAACGCCUGGAGCUGCUGUGUAACCCGCAGCUGUUCUCUGCCAUCUGCGAGCUCUCUCAGGAUGACCUGGUGGUGGUGAAGCACAAGAAGGGACACCUGCCAGGACUGGUGAAGAACCUGAUGCAGAUCGGGAGGAAGGAGAAGCAAGAGGAUCUGCAUAUGCUCGGCUUUGAGGUGGAAUUUGUGGACAAUGAUCACAAUUUGUCAUCCAAGAAACCUGCUCCUCUACCUCUGUUCAGUGCAGCUGACAUCAUCCAGGUGGUCCCAUCUUACUCCGUCCCGUUUGGACGCAGCUGGAGAGACAGUCCCUCUGAGGGACUAAACAGAAAGGCGGUGUCACGCAUCAACUCCAUGCCGAAUAUGGGCUCUCGCAGCCUCCACUUGAGGGACAGCCAUGUGGAGCACAGCAUCACCCCAAGCCAAAGCGCCAACACCUCCCAGAUGCACCUGGAGGUGGGGUCCAUGGUGGAGGUGGUCUCCAACACAGGGGUCACGGUGUACGGGGUCGUCCGCUGGUUGGGAGUCCCUGCAGGGAAAACAAGCGAAUGGGCUGGGAUUGAACUGGACUAUGAAGUGAACAGCUGCUCUGAUGGUACAUGUGGAGGCCAGAGGUAUUUCUCCUGCAAACAGAGUCGGGCUUUGUUCGUUCCAGUCUCAAAGUGCAGCCCCGACAGCAGGUUUCUCUGCUCCUCUUCUGGAAAUGAGACCCUCAAACCCACCAAACCUCCCCUAGUCCCCCCAUUAGAGGACUCUGAAGAGGAUGCACCCCCAAUCCCGGAGUCGGAGGCCUUGUCUUUGUUAGUGGGAACAAUGAAAGGGAUUCAGGGUCACUUCAACUCCUGUUACCUCGAUGCCACACUCUUCAGUUUGUUCAGCUCAUCCAUGACCCUGGAUAAUAUCUGCCACAACCCUGCUGACACAGAACAACCCAUAGCUCACACUCUCCGAAAAGAGAUUGUCAACCGUUUACGCAGAUAUGGGUUUGUGCCUGCUGAGAGUGUCAUGAACUUCCGUAAACAGCUUGGCUGUGACACUUUCCUAACAGAGGAAAAAGACCCUGAAGAGUUCAUCACAAUCCUCCUUCAGAAAGUGCUCUGCAUGGAACCGCUGCUUAAGCUCAGAUCGAAAGGAGAGAUCACUCAAGGGGCCUACACCUUCCAGAUCAUUUUGGAAAAAGAGCAAGUGGGGCAGAUGCCCACUGUCCAGCAGCUGCUGGACACCUCCUUCCUGUCAUGUGACCUCAAGUUUGAGGAGGUCCCAUCCUGUCUCAUCGUACAGAUGCCAAGAUUUGGAAAGAAGUAUAAGAUGUUUCCACACAUCAUCCCCUCCACAGAGCUGGACAUCACAGAUCUCCUAUACAGCUCUCCUAGGGAAUGUUUUGUCUGUGGGCAUUUGGCAGAGCAUGAAUGCCUCCAGUGUCUGCCAGAUCGGAAACUUCAGCCAGGCAAAAUUAAACAGUACUGCGCCAUCUGCAACACGCAGGUGCACACCCAUCCCUCACGGCAAGGCCAUUCCCCCAGAGCUCUGGUGGUGCCAGCCGGGAUGUCCGCCGAUGCCCCUGUGCCCAGGCAUAUGAUGCACCUGUUUGCCGUGCUUUGUAUUCACACCAGCCACUAUGUGUCCUUUGUAAAAUAUGGCCCCGACCCUCGCUCUUGGAUCUUCUUUGACAGCAUGGCAGACAGAUGUGGUGAUGACCAAAGUGGAUACAACAUUCCAGAGAUCAGGGCUUGUCCGGAGCUGGGUGACUUCCUGUCCCAGUCAGAGGAGGAUCUAGCUCGGGCCAACCCCUCCCAGGCUGGUGAACUAGUGCGCAGGCUGCUGUGUGACUCCUACAUGUUUUUAUACCAGAAACCAUCCACGGCGCCCUAAAAAUAAAACCACCAGGAGCCUAAAACACACAGGAGGACGAGGACACGGCGUUCCCAAAACAGUGCCUUAGUAACUUUGUGGCUGUGCAUCCCCACAACAAGGUUUUCUGCUGAUGAUUAACUGCAACCAACAGGAACUGAAAUGGAUGUGUUUACCAUUACAAAAAACAAACAAACAAAAAAAAAAAACACAAUAUCAUAGCUCAACAAAUUUUUCUUUCACCUAGAAUGACCUCAGUCAAAA